AUGGCCAACCAUCUGAAGUUAUAUCUCUUUGGAGAUCAGACAUAUGAUCUUCAGCCACACAUUCAGGAGCUCCUUCAGAGCAGGAGCAACCCUGUCUUGGAGGACUUCCUUGUGAGGUCGUACGAUGCCGUUCGUGUCGAAAUCUACAACCUGCCUCCGUCCACUCGAGAGACCUAUCCCCGAUUCACUUGCGUGGAUGAUCUGCUGCUCUGGGGCCAGAGCGGAAAUGGCCUUAUUCCACUAGACAUGGCUACGACCUGUCUUUAUCAACUUGGACUGUUCAUUACUCAAGUCCAACCCGAUGACUUUUCCGCCCAGAAGUCUCGCGUAGUUGGUCUUUGCACCGGUGCACUAGCUGCUGUUGCGGUAGCUUGCAGUCGCAGCGUUAUUGACCUUGUUCCACUGGCUGUCAAAGCUGUUAUGGUCGCCUUUCGCGUGGGAGUCCGAGUCAAGGACGUCGCACAUCGAGUCACCUCUUCAAAUGAGCCCAAACUGAGCUGGUCGGCAAUUAUCCCGGGUCCAUCAAGUGUGGAGGCUAUUCAUCAAUUCUGUGAAAACACUACCCUACCAUUGACUAGCAAGCCUUAUAUCAGUGCCUACGCGCCGAAUGGUAUCACUGUUAGUGGACCACCCAAGUCACUGACUAAACUCUUCAACUCCGAGUUCUGUAAAGAUGUUAGAUCUAAGUUAAUUCCGAUAUUUGGGCCUUACCAUGCUCAGCAUCUAUACUCCGAGUUCGACAUUAGCGCUAUAGCUGAUCAAAUAGCGGCCAAUGAUGACUUUAUGCGCAUUGAACACGUCCCUGUGCUUUCGAGCACAGGCACAACCAGCGGGCGCACAUUUGGAUCUUUGUUGAAAGCAGCCAUUGGGCAGAUAUUGAUGCACCCAAUUCGCUGGAAUGACCUGCUUGACGAGCUCCAAGGUUGCAUUCAGAGUGUCAGCCCGCAGUUGUUCACCGUGGUUCCAAUCGGUACGACGGCUCACAACCUGAUAUACACUGCCCUCAAGCAAUCAGAUCUACGACCCCUGUUACCACCGACAAUUGCCAAUCUAUCAUCCACCAGAACACCCAUCACCUCUGCUGCGCCGCCGAAGAAGCCAAAGCUGGCUAUCAUUGCCAUGUCGGGGCGCUUUCCUGGCGCCAAAGACAAUGAGGCCUUCUGGAACCUCCUCUAUCAGGGGUUGGAUGUUCACAAGCCCGCUCCUGCCCUUCACUGGGACGUCAAAACGCACGUCGAUCCCACCGGAAGCCGCAAAAACACCAGUGCUACGCCGUUUGGCUGCUGGCUAGAUGAUCCGGCCGCAUUUGAUGCUCGCUUUUUCAACAUCUCUCCGCGCGAAGCCCCGCAGAUCGACCCUGCGCAAAGACUGGCCCUGAUGACCGCAUACGAAGCAAUUGAACAGGCCGGUCUUGUUCCCGAUGCCACUCCAUCCACCAGACGCGACCGGGUGGGAGUUUUCUACGGCGUAACCAGCAAUGACUGGAUGGAGACAAAUAGCGCCCAAAACAUCGACACGUACUUCAUUCCCGGCGGGAAUCGUGCAUUCAUCCCCGGGCGUAUCAACUAUUGCUUCAAGUUCAGUGGUCCCAGCUAUGCAGUUGAUACAGCCUGCUCGUCCAGUCUUGCCGGUAUUCACCUGGCCUGCAACUCGCUUUGGCGAGGUGACAUCGACACCGCGAUCGCGGGUGGUACCAACGUCUUGACAAACCCGGACUUCACAGCCGGGCUCGACCGGGGCCAUUUCUUGUCGCGAACCGGUAAUUGCAAGACGUUCGACGAUAGUGCGGAUGGAUACUGUCGUGGUGAAGGUAUCGGGACGAUUAUUAUCAAGCGACUCGACGAUGCAAUUGCCGAUAAAGAUCCCAUCUUGGGUCUGAUUCUUGGUGCCUACACCAACCACUCUGCCGAGUCGGAGUCGAUCACCCGGCCGCACUCCGGGGCUCAGCGGGCAAUCUUCAAUAAGAUUUUGAACCAAGCCGCCGUGGAUCCUUACAGUGUGAGCUAUGUGGAAAUGCAUGGAACUGGCACUCAAGCCGGUGACGCGGGAGAGAUGACCAGUGUGCUUGACACUUUUGCACCUGCAAUAGACAAGGUAAAUAAGGCUCGAACAGAUGCACAAGCCCUCUAUCUCGGCUCAGCAAAGGCAAACAUUGGCCACGGUGAAGCUGCCUCGGGCGUGUCUGCGCUUAUUAAGGUGCUCCUGAUGAUGCAGAAGAACAUGAUCGUCCCACAUUGUGGCAUCAAGACCAAGAUCAAUCGCAAGUUCCCAACCGAUCUGCAGCAGCGAAAUGUCAAUAUUGCCUUGCAGGCGACGAAAUGGGAGCGAAGUGAUGAUUUGUCAAAGCCACGUCGCGCGUUCGUGAACAACUUCAGUGCGGCCGGCGGUAACUCGGCCUUAUUGAUCGAAGAUGCCCCCGUUCGGGAUCAACCCACUACGACAAGUGUCGACCCGCGCACCAUUCAUCUCAUUGCAGUUUCGGGCAAGGUUGGUGCUUCAUUGCAGGGAAAUCUCCGAUCGCUUCUUGCUUUCCUCAAAGGAGAGUCCACUGUUCCACUCGGACAGCUAUCUUACACAACAACCGCCCGUCGAAUUCAUCACCAACAUCGCGUUAUGCUUAGUGGGUCGAGCGUUGAGGAUCUUUGCCGUCAAAUCGAGACUGCGCUUCAGGAUAACGCUGGCAUGACGCGACCCAAGAGCGUCCCGAAGGUCGUGUUCACAUUUACUGGCCAGGGGGCCCAAUACCCGGGAAUGGGCAAAGAAAUGUUCGAGCACUUCUCGCUCUUCCGAAAUGAGAUGAUCCGACUGGAUAUGAUCUCCCAAAGUCUAGGCUUCCCUUCAUUCAUGCCUGUCAUUCAGUCUGAUGAGUCCGACAUUGGCGCUUUUGCCCCCACAGCUGUGCAGCUGGCUAGUGUUUGCAUGCAAAUCGCGCUGAGCAAGCUCUGGGCCUCUUGGAAUGUUGCACCCACAGCUGUCGUUGGACACAGUCUUGGUGAAUAUGCUGCAUUGAACGUGGCAGGCGUGCUGUCAGAUACCGAUACCGUCUACUUGGUCGGCAAGCGGGCUGAGCUGCUUCAAGCCAAGUGCACUCACGACACUCACUCCAUGCUUGUCGUCCGGAGCUCAGUGAGCGAGAUUGCUAGUGUCCUCAAGGAGAAGCAAUACGAGACAGCUUGCAUCAACUCCCCAAUGGAAACAGUGCUGGCGGGAUCGAACGAUGAUAUCGCGUCCUACAAGGAGAUCCUGACGGCAGCUGGCAUGAAAUGCACCCUGCUGAAAGUUCCCUAUGCUUUUCACUCCUCCCAGGUCGACCCAAUUAUGUCCGAUUUUGAGGCCAUUGCCGCUGGCGUUUCGUUCUCUAAUCCGAACAUUCCUGUUCUGUGCCCUUUGAAUGGGUCAAUCGUUCGAAGCGGGGAGUUCGAUCCUGCGUAUCUCGCGCGUCACGCCAGGGAGCCGGUCAACAUGUUCUCUGCACUGAAAGCCGGAUACGAUGCACAGGUCAUCACGGAGCACACUCCUACCAUCGAGAUCGGCCCGCACCCCGCAAUCUCCGGUAUGCUGAAGGCGGUGCUUGGAUCGCACAUGGUUACUCUCGCCACUGCCCAGCGGGCUCGAUCCAUCUGGCAGAUGCUUACCGCUGCAUUGAAGUCGCUCUAUACUGUGGGAGCCGAUAUCAACUGGGCCGAGUAUCAGCGUGACUUCGAAGGCUCUCACACAGUGCUUCCGCUGCCUGCUUACAGCUGGGAUCUCAAGGAAUACUGGAUGCAAUACGUCAACGACUGGUCCUUGCGUAAGGGUGACCCGCCGCUGACAGUCAGCGCCGGUCCGAAGCUGGAGACCACCACCAUCCACCGCAUCGUCGAGGAGUCCGGCGACUCGAGCAAAACCCAUAUGGUGGUCGAGGCUAACAUCGCUCGCCAAGAUAUGAGCCCUCUUGUCCAGGGUCAUGAAGUGGACGGAAUCCCGCUCUGCACUCCCUCGAUUUAUGCCGAUAUUGCGUUGAGCCUGGGCACAUACCUCCUCAAACGCUAUCUUCCAACACAGGAGGAGAAUCUCGUGGACGUAUCUGAUAUGACGAUUUCAAAGGCGCUGAUCCUGCGCGAGGGAGCGACAUCUCAGCUUCUCCAAGCUCAUGCCGACGUGGAUUGGUCGUCACAGGCAACUUCAAUCAAGUUUAUGUCCUUUGAUACCAAGCAGAAACUUCAAGAGCACGCGCGCUGUGUGGUUAGAUUCAAGGACCACAACUUGCAAAAGGCUCUCCAAAAUAAUGCAAGUCAACUCAAAGCAAAGAUGCAAGCUCUUCGCGAUGGAAUCGCCAAGGAAACGUCCGCCCGUUUCAACAGGCCGAUGGUUUACCGGGCAAUUCGCCCCCUUGCCCGAUUCCACGACGACUACAGAGCAAUUGAUGAGAUUGUGUUGAACAGCAACACCCUUGAGGCUUCUAGCCGUCUGAGCUACGGUAAUGUGAAGAGAGGAGGCGAUUUCCACACGCAUCCAGCUAUCAUCGAUUCUCUCACACAGUCUUGUGGGUUCACCAUGAACUGCAAUGAUGGCACAGACUUGGAUAAUGAGGUCUUCAUGAAUCACGGCUGGGGCUCCUUCCAGAUCUUCGAGCCCAUUGACUUUGAAAAAGUGUAUACAACAUACACGCGCAUGGAAGAGGGUUCUGACAAGCUUUGGCAUGGCGAUGUUGUGGUUUUUGAUGGGGAUAAGGUCGUGGCGGCCUUCGGCCAGAUCGCGAUCCAAGGGGUCCCGCGGCGAGUUUUGAAGGUCAUUCUUUCGAUUGAGAGUGGUGCCAAGUCGCAGAAGCAGCAGUCUGUCAAAGCGAAGCAAACUAUUGCACCCAGAGCUCCUUCAUCCGCCUCGAUUCCUGCUGCUCUCGCUCAACCGCUGAAUUCUUCUAGAUUCACAGAAGCUUUGUCCAUCAUUACAGACGAGAGCGGCCUUGCUGUGGGCGACCUAAGCGAUAGCACGGUUUUUGGCGACGUUGGUAUCGACUCCCUCCUGGGCCUGACUAUUUCGGCGCGCUUCAAGGAAGAACUCGAUCUCGACCUUGACUUCGAGGCAUUCUUCUUCGAGUACCCCACCGUUGGAGACUUGAAGAGACUCAUGGGUGGUGCAAGUGGAUCCACCUCAUCAGCUACCUACUCGGCGUCGAGUGAUUCCGGUGAAGCGACGCCUUUCAGUUCUGGCACGGGGGCUACUACGCCGACGAUGGAUGAGCACGGCCUGUCCUCUAGCGUUGAUUUCAAAAGGGCAUUGGAGAUCAUCUCCGAGGAGAGUGGUGUCGCCGUCGAGGAGCUUACCGAAGAUACCAACUUUGGUGACUCCGGAGUCGACUCACUGCUGUCUCUCGUUAUCGUCAGUCGGCUCCGAGACGAGCUCCAGUUGGACAUCCAGCACGAAUCGUUGUUCCUAGAGUGCCCGACCGUCGCUGACUUGAAGCAAUUCUUGGUGGGCGGCUCCGUUGCUGGUGAUGUUGCUCCUGCCUUGUCUGAGCUUCCUGUUACUGCUGGGCCAGAGACUCUGGAGGAAGACCCCCUCAAGGAGAUUCCGGUGUUGGACCCAGUUGCUCUUGCAGCGCGACGGGAUGCAGUCACCGAGUAUGUGGAGAAAUACACCGCUGGAUUUGCUGUCCCUAUAUUGUUCCCAUCAGCGACUGCAUCAAAUACCAACGAGAAAGUCGUCCUCGUGACUGGAGCUUCCGGCAGCUUGGGUGGACACGUGGUUUACCACCUCGCUCAGCUCCCAGACGUGAAGACGGUUGUCUGUUUGAACCGCGAAAACCGCGCUGAGCCAUACACCCGCCAGCAAAAGGCUAUGAGAGAGAAGGGCAUUCGAUUCCCUGAGGCACUUAAGCCAAAGCUGCUCUGUCUGCAGACCGACAGCUCGAAGCCUAUGUUUGGAUUGGCGAAGAGCGAAUACGACAGUCUGGUCGGCUCGGUCACGCAUCUGAUUCACAAUGCCUGGCCGAUGAGCGCGAAGCGAGCCUUGGCUGGGUUCGAAUCGCAGUUCCAGGUUGUUCGCAACCUCAUCGACUUUGCCUGUGCCGUCAGUGCCACACGACCCGAGUCAUUCAAGUUUAGCUUCCAGAUGAUAUCCUCAGUCGGUGUGGUCGGCCACUACGGGCUUGGCAAUGGGCAGGAAAGGACCCUGGUCCCAGAACAAAGCGUCGACAUUGACAGCGUCCUUACUAACGGCUACGGCGAAGCCAAGUGGGGCUGCGAACGAAUGCUCGAUCAGACGCUCAAGCAGCACCCAAACCGAUUCCGAACCAUGGUGGUACGCCUAGGCCAGAUCGCCGGAUCCAAGACGAGCGGGUACUGGAACCCAAUGGAGCACUUCGGCUUCCUGAUCAAGUCGUCGCAGACCCUGAAUGCCCUGCCCGAUGUUCCUGGCACCGUGUACUGGACACCUGUGAAUGACAUUGCAGGCACCCUCUCUGAUCUGGUUUUGGCCGACAAUACCCCUUACCCAAUCUACCACAUUGAGAAUCCGGUUGGUCAGUCGUGGAAGGAGACGAAUGCCAUCCUGGCCGACGCCCUGGGCAUCAAGAACCUGAUUCCCUUCGAGGAGUGGGUGGAGCGCGUGAAGGCCGCUCCGCAGCGCAACAAUCCUGCCUCCACGCUGCUGGAGUUCCUGGAUAGCAAUUAUCUUCGCAUGUCGUGCGGAGGGCUCGUUUUGGAUGUGAAGCAUACCCUGGAGCACUCCAAAACUCUCGCAGCUGUUGGGCCAGUGAGUGAGGAGGUGCCUGACGAUGACCACGUGAGAGGUGCCUACCAUGUAGGUCUCCCCGUCGACAUUUCCUCAUCCUAUCAAGCAGACUCCGCGUAUACUGUGAAAGCAAUGUCGUCAAUAUUCUUCGAGUGUGCGAAGGUCAAUUUUGCCAUUGGUCUAUACGGGCUUCGAACAAGCAGUACUCCGACAACCACCAAGCCUGACAAGAUCUGGAAAUAUGAUGAUGGAACUUCGGAAUACUAUUAUGAAAAGGCAAUUGAGGUCAAGACUUUGGCCACAGGCAAGGGUCUGCAAAAUCGAUACAACGAAACAAUUAUCUGGAAAAUCAUCCUUAAGGGUGCUGCGUCGAUCGAUCAUACACAGCUACCGUCCGCAAAAAGACCUGCAGAUGGAUUCACUAUGGCGGAAAAAGCUACAACUAGGAAGUUCAUGGAAGAUGCUGGAUACGGUUUGGGGGCAGAAAACCAACAGCAAUGCCGCACUGUCUGGAAAUACUUAGAGGAAACAGAUUGA